AGUCAGGCUGUUUUUUUCAGUUCCCUGGAGGCUUUUUGAUACUGAUUCGCGUACACCUGUUGUUUGAAAGCUCUCAGCGGGACAAUGCUGACCCAGCUGAAAGCAAAAUCAGAGGGGAAGCUUGCAAAACAGAUUUGCAAAGUUGUGUUGGAUCAUUUUGAAAAACAGUAUUCCAAAGAACUCGGAGAUGCCUGGAAUACAGUAAGGCUCCUUCAUGCCUUUGGGACUGGCUAUGCUGUUCUUCUGCUAGGAAUGCCUUUUUCCCUUCUCCUUCUGUGCAGUAGUGUGGGUUCAAAUCCCACCUCUGCAUCUUGUAGCAUAUGACCUAGUGAUGCACUAGCAAAUUUGCAGGUCACUGACCUUGUAUGUCUCCAGUUCUGCUGGCUACUGAGGUACUUGCACUUCUUCUCACCUGGAAGACCAGUAAAUGGAGCCGCUUCAGACUAACUGUGAAUCUUGGGAAAAGGCCUGGAGUGUGGCACCUGGCCGCUGUUUUCUAGAGUCAUCUAACAUACAUUCCCUCUGCUGCCUGCUAAGCUACUUGCCCAUCCAUAAAAGCUUUGGAUUCGGAAGCCACUUUCCCUCCAGCCCCAGGGAGAUACUAACAUCUCCAUCAUGCUGGCAAUAUGCUGUCCUGCUUAACCGAUUCAAUUAUCCUUUUGAACUGGAAAAGGAUUUACAUUUGAAGGGCUAUCACACACUCUUUCAGGGAUCUUUACCCAACUAUCCUAAAUCAAUGAAGUGUUACCUUAGCAGAACUCCGGGCCGAAUCCCUUCAGAAAGACACCAAAUUGGAAACCUGAAAAAAUAUUAUCUCCUAAAUGCUGCUUCUCUUCUCCCAGUGUUGGCUCUGGAAUUAAGGGAUGGGGAGAAGGUUCUGGAUCUCUGUGCUGCUCCUGGAGGCAAAUCAAUAGCUCUGCUGCAGUGUGCUUGUCCAGGUUAUCUUCAUUGUAAUGAAUAUGAUAGUCUGAGAUUGAGGUGGCUGAGGCAGACGUUAGAAUCUUUCAUCCCACAGCCUUUGAUAAAUGUAAUUAAAGUGUCUGAAUUGGAUGGCAGAAAAAUGGGAGAUGCCCAGCCUGAAAUGUUUGACAAGGUGUUAGUGGAUGCUCCGUGUUCAAAUGAUCGAAGCUGGUUGUUUUCUUCUGACUCUCAGAAGGCAUCCUGUAGGAUAAGUCAAAGGAGGAAUUUGCCUCUUCUACAGAUAGAGCUGUUAAGGUCUGCAAUUAAGGCCUUACGUCCUGGAGGGAUACUUGUAUACUCUACAUGCACGCUUUCCAAGGCAGAAAAUCAAGAUGUGAUCAGUGAAAUUUUAAACUCCCACGGUAACAUCAUGCCUAUGGACGUUAAAGGAAUAGCAAGGACUUGCUCCCACGACUUCACAUUUGCUCCCACUGGCCAGGAAUGUGGGCUCUUAGUGAUUCCAGAUAAGGGCAAAGCCUGGGGCCCAAUGUAUGUAGCCAAAUUGAAGAAAUCAUGGAGCACAGGAAAAUGGUGACAUGAAUUUGUAAACUGUGUUUCUGUGUUAUAUUUAUAUUUCUGAACUCAGUACAUGUUAAUAUUUAAAUAAUUAUGCAGUAACUUUCUCUGGGUCUGUUUGGAAUCCUAUUUAGUUAAUACUUUAGCAUCUUAGAAUCUAGGCUUGAGAAUUGUUCAGGUGUAUUUUUUUCCUAGAAAUAUAUCUGUAACGAUGAUUUAAGGUGGUGCAGAUGGUGUUUGUUCUAUAUUAUAAAUCUGCUGUCUUUGCUUGGCAUUUUAUAGUUAAAUUAAUUAGAAUAUGUGGUUUUAUGCAUAACGUGUUUAGAUCUGUAUUCUUUCUAUGAUAGUGCUUUGAACCUUCAAAAAUUCACAUUUUCCAGCACUCCGACCAUUUUCCCGCUUAUCAAAUGUACAAAUUUGUUCAAGGUUUUUUUUUCCCCCCAACUUUUGUAACUGAUUGUCUCAGAACUGAUUGGUAUUCUGAGACUAACUUUUUAAGCAGCACUAUUUCUAGUUCUGGCAAAAUAGUUUUUUUUAUUUGCAACGUUGUUUUCUGUUAAAGACUAUAUUAUGUUUACUGCAAAGGUCAGUGACUCUAUUGACACCAGCUUUAUUUCCCCCACGUUUUUUGCAUUCACAAAUACAAAUUGAAAGGGUAAAUUAUAUUGAAAGGCCUUUAGAACAGCAGAUUCACAUGCACAUGUUUGACUUUUGACAUUCAGCUUAUAGAAUUAUGGAGUCUAUCCAGCAGGCUAUAAAGCAAGUACUUGAGACAAAACCGGAAUGAUUAAUAACUGCAAUCACUGAACUAUAUUUGGAGAGUUUUGUUACAUAAUUGCAGUCAUAAUGAGCACUACAGAAUCUGAUUAUCUUACAUUCACAAUCUGGAGGGGCUUUUUAUUUCAUUUUGUUAUAAAAUGUUCUCUGAGAAUAUGAUGCCACAUAUUAAUGCACAAGAGGGAGAUGCCUAAUGAGAGUGGACUGUGUGAUUACCAGAACCCAGUGCCAUUUACUAAGUGGCUCUCCAUGUUUACAUAAUUCCUGGGAAUACUGUAUACAUUUCUUCUUAUGUACUUAGGGUUUUAGCUUCAGUCAGCAUCACACUUUUUCUCCAGAAAUUACUUCACUUAGAGUACAAACAUAUUUUUCCAACUAUUAAGAAAAAUUAUGCAGCACAUCUCAAAAAAUAGCAUCUCUUUGGAAACUAGCCUUUUAAAAAAAAACAACUUUAUCUGAUUAUAGAAAUACAAAAUUCUGCUAAAGCUGAAUACUUUUGAAUUGUUCAUUAUGUUCUGUGCCUUUAAACUAGAGACUAUUUGCUUAUUAAUAUUUUUUAUUUUGCAAGCAUAUGUAACCCGGUUUAUAUCAUCAGGAAGUCUUAGGAAGAAUUUUUUUUUCUGUACCUUCGGUCUGUUAAUCAUUUGUUUUCCUUUAUGUCCAAUUGAUAUGUUUAAAGUAAAGCUAAAGUCCGGGCACGGUGGCUUAUGCCUGUAAUCCCAGCACUUUGUCAGGCCGAGGCAGGGGGGAUCUCCUGAGGUCAGAAGUUCGAGACUAGCCUGCCCAACAUGGUAAAACCCCGACUCUACUAAAAAUGCAAAAAAAUUAGACAGGCAUGGUGGCUGGCACCAGCAAUCCCAGCUACUUAGGAGGCUGAGGCAGAAGAAUCACUUGAACCCAGGAGGCAGAGGUUGCAGUUAGCCAAGAUCUCGCCAUUGCACUCCAGCCUGGGCGACAAGAGUGAAACUCCGUAGCAAAAAAAUAAUAAUAAUAGUAAUUAAAUAAAAAUAAAGUAACGCCAGAACUGUUGGACCAAAUCAAGUAUAUGGGUAAAUACAGAAGAAUAAUGAUGGUGGAAAAGAUGUUUUCUUUUUUAAGUUAUCAUUAUUAGUUUGUUUUUUUUAUCUUCAGACACUAUAGGUUUUAAAAAUAGGUUUCUUUUAUGUAGGUUAAUCACAGAGUAAAUCUGCACACUGUACUUUGUUAAAUGUCGUUAUUUUCCCAGUAUAAUGCGAUGAAGCUUAAUGUGAAUACUUGGUGUGCUAUUGAAUUUACUUUCCUAUGAUUACUGAAAAAUGGAUGCACGUGUGUUUGUGUGUGUAUAUAUACAUAUAUAAUUUUGUUAUUAAAAGCAAUUGCCCCAAAAGCAAAAA